GGGCUGGUCUCUGCCCUAAUGCGGCGGCUGGCGGCGAGAGGCGCUGCAGGGGACGCGGGGGAAGUGGCGGCGCCGGCAGCGGACAGCUCGGACAGCGCCCAGGGCCGGAGCUCGAGCUCUUGGAGGUUGAUUGACUUAUGCGCAAUUUGGGACACUGGAGUUUACCUUCCCUCUGCAGCCUGGAACGGAGCCUCCUCUGGUGUUGCAAGGAGGAGGCUGAAUGAGGCAGAGAGGCUGAGCUGUGUCUGGGAGGCCCAGUUAAAGCGGCUCGAGGUGACAAGACCCCGAGUGCUGGGGAGCAGGGAGCGGGGCCGGGUGCCGAGGAUGGCCAGGCAGCCACCGCCACCCUGGGUCCGUGCAGCCUUCCUCCUCUGCCUCCUCAGUCUUGGUGAAGCCAUCGAAAUUCCUAUGGAUCCAAGCAUUCAGAAUGAGCUGACGCAGCCACCGACCAUCACCAAGCAGUCAGUGAAGGAUCACAUCGUGGACCCCCGUGAUAACAUCCUGAUUGAGUGUGAAGCAAAAGGGAACCCUGCCCCCAGCUUCCACUGGACACGAAACAGCAGAUUCUUCAACAUUGCCAAGGACCCCCGGGUGUCCAUGAGGAGGAGGUCUGGGACCCUGGUGAUUGACUUCCGCAGUGGCGGGCGGCCAGAGGAAUAUGAGGGGGAAUAUCAGUGUUUUGCCCGCAACAAAUUUGGCACAGCCCUGUCCAAUAGGAUCCGCCUGCAGGUGUCUAAAUCUCCUCUGUGGCCCAAGGAAAACCUAGACCCUGUUGUGGUCCAAGAGGGCGCUCCUUUGACGCUCCAGUGCAACCCCCCACCUGGACUUCCAUCCCCAGUCAUCUUCUGGAUGAGCAGCUCCAUGGAGCCCAUCACCCAAGACAAACGUGUCUCUCAGGGCCAUAACGGAGACCUGUACUUCUCCAACGUGAUGCUACAGGACAUGCAGACUGACUACAGUUGCAACGCCCGCUUCCACUUCACCCACACCAUCCAGCAGAAGAACCCUUUCACCCUCAAGGUCCUCACCACCCGAGGAGUUGCAGAAAGAACACCAAGCUUCAUGUAUCCCCAGGGCACCGCGAGCAGCCAGAUGGUGCUUCGUGGCAUGGACCUCCUGCUGGAAUGCAUCGCCUCCGGGGUCCCAACACCAGACAUCGCGUGGUACAAGAAAGGUGGGGACCUCCCAUCUGACAAGGCCAAGUUUGAGAACUUUAAUAAGGCCCUGCGCAUCACCAAUGUCUCCGAGGAAGACUCCGGGGAAUAUUUCUGCCUGGCCUCCAACAAGAUGGGCAGCAUCCGGCACACGAUCUCGGUGAGAGUAAAGGCUGCUCCCUACUGGCUGGAUGAACCCAAGAACCUUAUCCUGGCUCCUGGCGAGGAUGGGAGACUGGUGUGUCGAGCCAAUGGAAACCCCAAACCCACUGUCCAGUGGAUGGUGAAUGGGGAACCUUUGCAAUCCGCACCACCGAACCCAAACCGUGAGGUAGCCGGAGACACCAUCAUCUUCCGGGACACCCAGAUCAGCAGCAGGGCCGUGUACCAGUGCAACACCUCCAACGAGCAUGGCUACCUGCUGGCCAACGCCUUCGUCAGUGUGCUGGAUGUGCCGCCUCGGAUGCUGUCGCCUCGGAACCAGCUCAUUCGAGUGAUUCUUUACAACCGGACGCGGCUGGACUGCCCUUUCUUUGGGUCUCCCAUCCCCACACUGCGAUGGUUUAAGAAUGGGCAAGGAAGCAACCUGGAUGGUGGCAACUACCAUGUUUAUGAGAAUGGCAGUCUGGAAAUUAAGAUGAUCCGCAAAGAGGACCAGGGCAUCUACACCUGUGUCGCCACCAACAUCCUGGGCAAAGCUGAAAACCAAGUCCGCCUGGAGGUCAAAGACCCCACCAGGAUCUACCGGAUGCCUGAGGACCAGGUGGCCAAAAGGGGCACCACGGUGCAGCUGGAGUGUCGGGUGAAGCAUGACCCCUCCCUGAAACUCACCGUCUCCUGGCUGAAGGAUGACGAGCCGCUCUAUAUUGGAAACAGGAUGAAGAAGGAAGAUGACUCCCUGACCAUCUUUGGUGUGGCAGAGCGGGACCAGGGCAGUUACACGUGUGUUGCCAGCACCGAGCUAGACCAAGACCUGGCCAAGGCCUACCUCACUGUGCUAGCUGAUCAGGCCACUCCAACUAACCGUUUGGCUGCCCUGCCCAAAGGACGGCCAGACCGGCCCCGGGACCUGGAGCUGACCGACCUGGCCGAGAGGAGCGUGCGGCUGACCUGGAUCCCUGGGGACGAUAACAACAGCCCCAUCACAGACUACGUUGUCCAGUUUGAAGAAGACCAGUUCCAACCCGGGGUCUGGCAUGACCAUUCCAAGUACCCCGGCAGCGUUAACUCAGCCGUCCUCCGGCUGUCCCCGUAUGUCAACUACCAGUUCCGUGUCAUUGCCGUCAACGAGGUUGGGAGCAGCCACCCCAGCCUCCCGUCCGAGCGCUACCGAACCAGUGGAGCACCCCCCGAGUCCAAUCCUGGUGAUGUGAAGGGAGAGGGGACCAGAAAGAACAACAUGGAGAUCACGUGGACGCCCAUGAAUGCCACCUCGGCCUUUGGCCCCAACCUACGCUACAUUGUCAAGUGGAGGCGGAGAGAGACUCGAGAGGCCUGGAACAACGUCACAGUGUGGGGCUCUCGCUACGUGGUGGGGCAGACCCCAGUCUACGUACCUUAUGAGAUCCGAGUCCAGGCUGAAAAUGACUUCGGGAAGGGCCCUGAGCCAGAAUCUGUCAUCGGUUACUCCGGAGAAGAUUAUCCCAGGGCUGCGCCCACUGAAGUUAAAGUCCGAGUCAUGAACAGCACAGCCAUCAGCCUUCAGUGGAACCGCGUCUACUCCGACACGGUCCAGGGCCAGCUCAGAGAGUACCGAGCCUACUACUGGAGGGAGAGCAGCUUGCUGAAGAACCUGUGGGUGUCUCAGAAGAGACAGCAAGCCAGCUUCCCUGGUGACCGCCUCCGUGGCGUGGUGUCCCGCCUCUUCCCCUACAGUAACUACAAGCUGGAGAUGGUUGUGGUCAAUGGGAGAGGUGAUGGGCCUCGCAGUGAGACCAAGGAGUUCACCACCCCGGAAGGAGUACCCAGUGCCCCCAGGCGUUUCCGAGUCCGGCAGCCCAACCUGGAGACAAUCAACCUGGAAUGGGAUCAUCCAGAGCAUCCAAAUGGGAUCAUGAUUGGAUACACUCUCAAAUACGUGGCCUUUAACGGGACCAAAGUAGGAAAGCAGAUAGUGGAAAACUUCUCUCCCAAUCAGACCAAGUUCACGGUGCAAAGAAUGGACCCCGUGUCACGCUACCGCUUUACCCUCAGCGCCAGGACGCAGGUGGGCUCUGGGGAAGCCGUCACGGAGGAGUCACCAGCACCCCCGAAUGAAGCUACUCCAACUGCAGCUCCUCCCACAUUGCCCCCGACUACCGUGGGUGCGACGGGCGCUGUGAGCAGUACCGAUGCUACUGCCAUUGCUGCCACCACCGAAGCCACAACAGUCCCCAUCAUCCCAACUGUCGCACCUACCACCAUCGCCACCACCACCGUCGCCACAACUACUACAGCCACUGCUGCCACCACCACCACGGAGAGUCCUCCCACCACCACCUCCGGGACUAAGAUACACGAAUCCGCCCCCGAUGAGCAGUCCAUAUGGAACGUCACGGUGCUCCCCAACAGUAAAUGGGCCAACAUCACCUGGAAGCACAAUUUCGGGCCCGGAACUGACUUUGUGGUUGAGUACAUCGACAGCAACCAUACGAAAAAAACUGUCCCAGUUAAGGCCCAGGCUCAGCCUAUACAGCUGACAGACCUCUAUCCCGGGAUGACAUACACGUUGCGGGUUUAUUCCCGGGACAACGAGGGCAUCAGCAGUACCGUCAUCACCUUUAUGACCAGUACAGCUUACACCAACAACCAAGCGGACAUCGCCACCCAGGGCUGGUUCAUUGGGCUUAUGUGCGCCAUCGCCCUCCUGGUGCUGAUCCUGCUCAUCGUCUGUUUCAUCAAGAGGAGUCGCGGCGGCAAGUACCCAGUACGAGAAAAGAAGGAUGUUCCCCUUGGCCCUGAAGACCCCAAGGAAGAGGAUGGCUCGUUUGACUAUAGUGAUGAGGACAACAAGCCUCUGCAGGGCAGUCAGACAUCUCUGGACGGCACCAUCAAGCAGCAGGAGAGUGACGACAGCCUGGUGGACUAUGGCGAGGGUGGCGAGGGCCAGUUCAAUGAAGAUGGCUCCUUCAUCGGCCAGUACACCGUCAAAAAGGACAAGGAGGAAACAGAGGGCAACGAAAGCUCAGAGGCCACGUCACCUGUCAAUGCUAUCUACUCUCUGGCCUAACGGAGCCCACCCAGGCACAGCCACCACUUUGCAAGUGGGAGGAGGGGAGAGGGGGAAACUAAACCACUGCAGACCUACCACAAAGCCACCACCACCUUCAGUAACAAGGGUACGAUAUGGGGGUCUGCCAAGCUGUGAGGAUCAGUGACCACCAAGCCACCCAUAAGCCCCCUCCCAAUGACCCCCCUUCAGCCCCGGGUGCCACCAGUGUGGGAGAGCUGGAGCCAUGGCUGAGCUCAGCUGGAGGGAGCCUGGCCCCUUGCCCGGUCUCACAGCUACCCCAGAGCGUUCCACCACACUGCCCGCCCUUGGCCUCAGCACAUGCUCACCGUUUCUGUUGGUUACAGGACUUCUCAUUGUCUUAAUUUUGCUUUGUGCAUCUUCCCCUCCAGACCCGAUGUCUCCGUUUUCUUUUCCUUUUGAAAAAGUGUUCCUGGAAAAGAAAGAAAAAGUAGAUUCUCCCCCAGGAGACCGCAAAGAUAGGCAAAAAGGAUUGAAUCCGUACCAGAACAUGUAGACAGGCUGUAAUAUUCAAACCACCUCUGGGCCAAUGCAUUUCCGAAGGAUGCCUUUCUCGCCAUAUGCCUCCCCUGGCUCCCAACCCCUCUGCCUCGGCCUUGUCAGUUGCUGAGCUGGGCUUGGCUCCUUUCUGGAAAAUGACAGUAUUUUUGGCAGGGAGAAGGUGUGCAGGUCUCUUUGCUGCUCUCUGGUUCGGUUGGGAGGUGUGUUUACCUCUUGCUCCUCAUUCCUCCCCUGCCCUUUUCUCUGGAGUAUCUAAGAUGUGAGCUGCACUGACUCUGAAGAAGUUUGAGGAACAGGAGUGAGCACUGAUAGGAAGGACUUCAACGCCAGUGACUGUGUACCUCAAGCAGAAGAAAAUCAGGUGUCUGGUCUCGGGGGAACUCUGCUUACCUCUAGAGAGAAGAAAAAGGCUGGGUUUGGACUUCCUUCCUCCCCACUGGUGAAACCCAGGAUGUAGAUAGAGGGCCACACCCACUGUGUCCCAGAGGGCACCUGUCCACGUGGCUGGGGCCCACGCUGCCACCCUGGAGGAGAUGGAAUGCUGUGAUGCAAAAGCUUUGCUGGUGCGUUUGGGGCAUAAGGCACUGCUCCCCUUCCACCUCUAGCAGAUAGAUAUCAUCUUCUCAGCCAGUUCUGUAGGACACUGAGGCUCUUGUUUGACGUGGUAUGUGGAUGGGGACUUGCCCCAAGACUGAGCCAGUCUGCCCUUUCACUGGGGUGUAUACAUAUCAGGGGACCUGAGGUGGCACCGUACUCAGUGCUGUGAUGCCCCCACCUGGGGAGGACUCAAUGCUCUUUGUAUGCCUUAUGCAGCGCUGAUCUGCCCCUGGAGUUCCCAGGUUCCCAGCCCCUCCCUGCAAGCCUUGAAGCCUCCAGCGAUGUCUGUCUCCAGGAGAGCAGGGCAGCCUAUGCAAGUGUUCCGGCAGGACCAGAAGCGGCCACCCAACACACGUCCUUACCAGUCACCCCAAAUGGAGACACUCGCAGACCUGCAGUUGUCAGACCGAAGGUGCUGCCUUCAUCCUCCCCACCUAAUGCAUUUUUGAAACCAAAGGUACCUAGCCUCAGAGACAGAGAAGGAGAGGGGGAGAUCUUGAGUCUAAGAGGAGCCCUUUAGCUGUUUCUGUAGCUCAGGUCAGUUUCAGGAGGGUGAAGCUGAUCCCCAGGAACGAAUCAGCUGCCAUGGGCACAGCCUCUGAUUUGAGCCUCCAGCUGCUAGCCAGGGGGCCUGGGCCGGACCAGGGCUCUGUCCUUCAGUGACUUUAUCAAAGCAUCGUUUGCCACAUGUUUAAGCCGC